ACAUGUAACAAAGCUUCUCUUUCUCUCUCACACACAGGCAUGAAAUCAGGCUUCUCACCUCUCCAAUGGCCGACACUGCUACCUCUGCUCUUGCUCUGUGUCCUCUUCUCCUACCUCUACACCAUCCUAUGGCUAAGACCAGAGAGGCUCAGGCAGAAACUGAGGAAUCAGGGAGUGAAGGGCCCCAAGCCUUCUUUCCUCUUUGGGAACAUACUGGAGAUGAGGAGAAUCAAGCACGAACUGGCCAGGUCUGACCAAGAACAAGAAGCAGGGACUGGUGAUCGGUUCUCCUUGAAUUAUGUGGCCACGCUAUUCCCUUACUUCCUCCACUGGAGCAGAGUUUAUGGUUCCAUCUACCUGUAUUCCACUGGAAGCAUACAAGCUUUAUUUGUAACAGAUCCAGACAUUGUGAAGGAGCUGGCCAACUGCAAGUCUUUGGAUCUUGGUAAACCUUGCUACUUACAGAAAGAGCUUGGACCUCUUCUUGGUAUGGGAAUUUUGACGUCAAACGGUGACCUAUGGGUACAUCAACGAAAGGUGAUUGCACCCGAAUUCUUCAUGGACAAGGCUAAGGGAAUGGUGAAUUUGAUGAUGGAGGCUGCAAAUGCAAUGUUGAGUUCAUGGGAAAAUAAAGUUGAGAGCGAAGGAGGCAGUGCAGAGGUGGUGGUUGAUGAGUUCUUGAGGAACUUUUCAGCUGAUGUCAUAUCGAGAGCUUCUUUUGGGAGCAGUUUUGCUGAAGGAAAAGAGAUAUUUAACAAGAUUCGACAACUUCAGAUGGCAAUGGCAAAACAAAAUAUGUUUAUUGGUGUUCCCGGUAGUAGAUAUUUACCAACAAAGAGCAAUAGAGAGAUUUGGAAUCUGGACAUCAGCAUCCGUAAGCUCGUUUUAAACAUAGCCAAGAGUCGUGAACAUGAUUCAGCAACACCUGUGAAUAAGGAUCUCCUUCAUUCCAUCAUUGAGGGUUCUAAAGCUGGUCCCUUGAGGUCAUGCAUUCCUGAGGAUUUCAUUGUCGACAACUGCAAGAACAUCUACUUCGCAGGGCAUGAAACAACGUCGACCACUGCUGCAUGGUGCUUGAUGCUUCUAGCUUCACACCCUAAAUGGCAGUCCUCUGCUCGGGCUGAAGUCCUGGAUGUUUGUCAGGGAAACCCACUACACAGCGACAUGCUCCGGAAGUUGAAAACGUUAACAAUGGUGAUCCAGGAGACCCUCCGCCUGUACCCGCCGGCACCUUUCGUGACACGAGAAGCUCUGAACAACAUAAAGGUUGGCAGCAUCAACAUUCCGAAAGGAACCAACAUCAGGAUCCCAAUAGCACUUGGUCACCGGGAUCCUGCUGUAUGGGGUCCUAACCCCGACAGGUUUGACCCGGAUAGGUUCUCCAACGGCAUAGCGGGCGCCUGCAAGCCCUCUCAUAUGUACAUGCCCUUCGGUGUCGGCGCCCGGACUUGCGCUGGCCAGAAUCUGGCCAUGGUUGAGCUCAAGGUUGUGCUAUCUCUCCUGUUGUCAAAGUUUGAGUUUGCGCUUUCGCCGAACUAUGUGCAUUGCCCUGCAUUCAGAUUGACCAUUGAGCCUGGGGAUGGCGUGCCUUUGGUUUUGAAGAAGCUCUAAAUCGUGCUGCCCCUUCUUGUCUCAGUUAGUCACUCUUAAGGUCACAAGGAACAUUAUUAUAAUAUGUUCCCGGUGCGAACAGCAGGUUUUCGGAACCGACUAUAAUAAUUGUCUGGUUUUUACCGCCACUUUCUUGCGGUUGGUUCGGUUUGAUAGUCGACUAUAAAAACGGUUGCAAACCUACUGUGAAAUUUCACGUUUUCUGUAAUAGUAAAAUGAGUUGGUGAUGUACAAGCAUAAAAAGGGCAAAAAAAAGGGACUAUUUAUGUGUCA